CAUUGUCAUUAACCUUUAAUGGCUGGACAUAUACUGAAGCCAUGGAGGUUAAUGGGAACUUCGUUUAGGUAUGCUGGCUCACCAGUGCUCGACACAGAACGUAAACAUUAGGUUGCAAGUUACAGAUUAAAUAUAUGGACCACUACGUCAGCAAGAAAGCACAUCACUUAUAAACACAUUUUAACAUGGAUUCAACUGGCCGAAUGGACACGCAUUUAAUAAACAUAAAGUAGCCUAGUAGUAUAAAGUAGCAAACCCAUAUUGGGCUAUCAUGCGAACACAGAGAGAAUAGUAUAUAUUCAACCCGUUCCAUCUCUUUGUUGUUCCUCGUUUACAUCAUUUAAGAUUUUAAAUUCACGAACUGUCCCAGCGCGCGCAUCCCAUCCAUAGCUCACGCGCCUGUGAAACAGCUGUCACGCUCCCCAGAUGUCCCCAGGGCGUUCCAUGUCAGAUCAGUACUCCCCAGCAGCAUCGAUCUGGGUAGGAAGGAGGAGUAGGCUAGUACAGAGCUGGGGUUGACCCGAUGGGGAGACAGUCUGAGUUUUCAAAAACAAAUGGACCAAUCAGAGGAGACAGACCAUGACAGUUUGGACGAGUUUGGCGCUUCUGACUCGGGCAGCGACUUUGAAGCCCAGCUGAACUCCGGCAAGAGGAGACCGCGGAGGGCGGCCGCGGGAACUCCGCUUCGCAAGCGGCCGCAGCGCGCGGCUGCAGCGGCAGCGCCGCCCGCGUCCGUCCGCGCGCGGGCUUCUCCCGAAGCGGCGUCCCCGGAGGCCCGCUCCCCCCGGAGGCCCCAGAGGGCGCCGCGCGAGGCCACCCCGAGCCGGACGCCGGGCAGGAGCCUGGCCACCGCGGGGCACCUGUACGAGGCUGUGAUGGGCGGCAAGAGCGCGACCGUGGCCGUGGUCGACGAGUGGCUGGACAGCUACAAGCAGGAAAAGGAGGCGGGGCUUCUGGAGCUCAUCAACUUCAUCGUGCAGUGCUGCGGCUGUAAAGGGGUGGUGAGCAGGGAGAUGUUCGAUACAAUGCAGAACGCUGAGAUCAUCAGUAUAUUGACCAAAGAGUUCAAUGAGGACUCUGUGAAGUACCCGCUGUCGUCUCCGGGGCCGCAGUGGCGGCGUUUCCGCGCCGGCCUGUGCGAGUUUGUGCGCGUGCUGGUGCGCCGCUGCCAGAACAGCCUGCUGUACGACGAGUACCUGUUCUCCGCCCUGCUGGCGCUGCUCACCGGCCUCACCGACUCCCAGGUCCGCGCUUUCCGCCACACCAGCACCUUCAUCGCGAUGAAGCUGAUGACGGCCGUGGUGGAGGUGGCGGUGGUGGUGUUCACUCGGGCGGAGACGACGCAGCGGCGUUACGAGGUGGAGCGGGGCAAAGGGGUGGAGCGCCGGGCGCAGGAGCGGCUGGAGGAGCUACAGGCCGCGCACAGAGAGCUGCAGGAGCACCAGGAGGAGCUGCGCAGCCUGAUGAACGGCGUCUUCAAGGGCGUGUUCGUCCACCGCUACCGCGACCGCGUGCCCGAGAUCCGGGCCGCCUGCGUGGAGGAGAUGGGGGUGUGGCUGAGGGAGAACCCCGGCUCCUUCCUGAACGACGGCUACCUCAAGUACCUGGGCUGGACCCUCCACGACAAGGUGGGCAUGGUCCGUCUGCAGUGUGUGCUUGCGCUGCAGGGCCUGUACCAGGAGCAGGACUUCAUUGGCCGCCUGGAGCUCUUCACCAAUAGGUUCAAGGAGCGGAUGCUGUGCAUGGUUCUGGACAAAGACAGUGACGUCGCAAUGGAGGCUAUCCGGCUCCUGCUUCUGAUCCAGCAGAAGACCGAGGAGGGUUUGUCUGAGGAGGACUGCUCGCGCGUGUACCCGCUGGUCUACGCCUCACACAGGGGACUGGCCUCUGCUGCCGGGGCCUUCCUCUGCCACAAGUUGUGCAAGGAGAGCCAGGACGGGGAGGUAGAGAACUACAGAGCCACCUUCGUCAGCCUGCUCGUCUCCUUCUACAUACAGAGCAAGUUCCAUGAACAUGGGGCGUACCUGGUGGACAGCCUGUGGGGGAGCGCAGGGGCGGAGCUUAGGGACUGGGAGACGAUGACAGCGUUACUGCUACAGGAGAAGGGGCAGGACCAGACUCUGAAGGAUGAGGAGGAGGGGGCUCUUAUUGAGCUGAUGAUGUGCGCAGUCAGACAGGCAGCUGAGACCCGCCCCCCUGUGGGGAGGGCCCCCCCCAGCAAGAAGAUGCUGAGUGUGAAGGAUAAGAAAGCCCAGGAGCAGGACAGGAGACGCCUCACCUCCCACUUCAUCCUGGUGCUGCCACAGCUCUUAGCCAAGUACUCAGCGGACGUGGAGAAAGUGAGCUGUCUGCUGAAGGCCCCGCUGUACUUUGACCUGGAGACCUACAGCAGCACAGGCCGUCUGGAGAAGUACCUGGACCUGCUGCUCUCCCAGGUGUGCGGCAUCGUGGAGAAGCACACGGAGGACGGCGUGCUGGAGGCGUGCGCCCGCGUGGCCGGCGCUCUCUGCUCCGACCGCUACACCUUCUCCGCCCGCGCCAGCCUGGCCGUCGGGCGGCUGCUGGACGCCCAGGCGGACAGAUUCACUUCCCAGCUGACCGAUCUGCUGCAGGGCAGUGCAGAUGAUGAGGAGCUCUACAGUGCAGCCAGCACUCUGAAGAGGAUCUCUGCCUUCAGCAGUGCUAAGGACCUGACGAGCUGGCAGCUGUUUGACCCCUGCAUUCAGAUCCUCAGGUGUGGAGUGGAGUCAACAGACAUCAGCAAAGAGCUGAUGGUUCCUGCACUUAAAUGCGCCUCUUUUCACGUGCUGUGGGAGAAAGUGAGAUUCAGCAACUCCACCCCUACCAAGGCAGAGCUGAAGAGGCUGAAGCAGAAGGUUCAGUCCCUGUUUGCUUUGUGUCAGAGCUGUCUGUCUCUGACUGAAGCAGAUAUCAGGGACCAGGCCUUUAUGUUGCUGUGUGACCUGCUGCUGGUGUUCAGUGUGGGGGUGCCACACCUCCCCGUGGACGUGUCCCUGCGUGCCGAAAUGGCCUCCUUCCUGCUGGACUACAUCUUCAGCGACCCCGAGGAGGACCCCAGCAAUGAGGACGAGGAGCUGGAGAUGGCGAAGAUCGCAGCUCUUCAGCGCCGUCGGAACCAGCUGGCCGGAUACUGCAAGCUGGUGAUCUACGGCGUCCUGGAGCUUGCCUCCGCGUCCGACAUCUUUAAAUACUACAGCAAGUUCUACCGGGACUACGGUGACAUCAUCAAGGAGACUCUCAGCAAAGCCAAGAUCAUCAGCCAAGUGGAGAGCGCCAAGACCGUGUGUCUCUGCCUUCAGCAGCUGUUCUCGGAGUGCCCUCGCUCUGACGGGGAGGUGCAGGGGAGCGCGCAGGAGUUCAGGGAGAUCAGGGAGCUGGCCCGGCGCCUGGCUAUGACCUUCGGCGUCGACCUGCACCGAGUCCGCAAGCCGCUGGUGUCCCUGCACGAGGAGGGAAUGAGCUUUGCCUUUCAGGGCUCAGGCGAGGGGGGCAAGCCUCCCCCAAACCUGCUGUUCCUGGAGGUCCUGAGCGAGUUCAGCUACAAACUGCUACGACAGGACCGAGCCAAUCUGCUGGCCUCGCUGAAGCGCCUGUGCCCCACACCCCUCCCGGCCUGGCCGUCCCUCAUCAUGUACCAGCGCUCCCUGCGGGGCGGGGCCAGGGUCAGAGAAGGGGAGGAGUCUGAAGGCACAGCCACGCCCCUCAAGCGCAGGAGGACUGAGGCCUCUAGCCCGCCGGAGGGGGAGUCGCUGGACAGGAGUGGUUUCCCUGUUAACCUGCCCACCCCAGCCCUGACCUCCACCAUGCUGAGGCAGCCCUCCAAGCCGCAGCCUGGGCCAGAGGCUCCGCUGUCUGGUAGAGAGGGCUCCUCAGAACCAGUGUCUGAGGACGAGUUCACCGAGAGUCCCCUGAUUCGUCGGAGAGGGCGUCAGUCAUCUUUGGCCCGGGCCCCCAGCCCCACCUCUACACACAGUGACCUGGACUCCCACCUCAACCUACUGUCCCUAAUUGAAGAGGAUGAGGAGGAAGAGGAAGAGCCAGAGAUUGAAGACUUUCCAAGUGAUGAAUCCGACCAGGAGACGCGCGUGACUCUGCCUUCCACCCGUCGGUCCAGCAGCUACCUGGAGAGCCUGUUUGAAUGAGAGGUUUCAGGAGGGACGGGCAGCUGUCCAUCUGCCCACGCUGUUCGCAGUGGUCCACUGCUCCAGAUCAGCCAGCCACGUUCUUAAGCCCUGUGUUUUUGAGUUCUAACUUGACUUAUUAUUGACGUGUAAAUACAAGAAUAUUUCUUUAAAGAAUGUUUUGACGGUUAUCAUCAACAGAGCAACGUUCAUGCUACUUAACUUCUCUUGGACUUUUGUAUGGUGUUACUUCUGAGCUACAACAAUUUUUGGAAUCACAGCAAAACCAGAGAAUAUCGCACAGCAAAGUUACUUGACUUGUCUUAGAAUUGCACUUUCUUUAGAAUUGAGACUUUAUAUGGUGUUCUGUUGAGGUCAUUUCUGAACUGAGACGAAAGAUUUUUGGUCUUUGUGGCAAACGUGGGAACAGUGGUCGAGGAAGUAGAGACGAGCAGACAGUGAAGUUCAGGUUUACGCACUUAAACCGAGUGUAGCGUACCGAAGCUGGGGCUAGCGCACAGUUAAACAGAGACUAGCCAAGCAAAUGUGAGAUUGGCACAUACCAAAGCCGGGCCUAGCGCACAGUCAAGCUACGUUUAGCACAUAAUGGCACUCAGAUUUGCAGAGCUUAGUUGCAAUCACUGUGGGUGUGAGACUUAAUUAAUGUUUGUUCACCUCAUCUGACCACUUCUGUCUUCAUCCGUUCAAUUAUUCAUGCAUUUCAGUUGGCACUAAAGCUUUAAAAUAAAAAGUAUUUUCUGAAAGUG